GAUGAAAAUUGGUGUAACAACUAAGAGACUCGUAAGGACCGAUCUGAAUUGAUGCAAAUAAAUAGAAGUUGGGUUCAGUCGGUACUAUAUAUAUAUAGUUGAGAAGAAGGAAUGAGAAAAUAAUUUGAAGUGAAAGUGAAAGUGAAAGAUGAAGGUGCGUUCGGAAAGGGGAAAAACGAAAGUAGUGAUUAGGCAUUUACCUCCUUCUCUCACUGAAUCUGAUCUCAUUCAACAAAUCCAUAACCGUUUCUCUUCCACCUACAACUACUUCUCUUUCCAUCUCGGCAACACAAGUCUCAAGAAUCAAAGGUAUUCCAGAGCAUAUAUAAACUUCAAUUCUCCUGAUGAUGUUUUCGACUUUGCUGACUUCUUCAAUGGACACGUUUUUGUUAACGAAAAAGGUGUCCAGCAUAAAGCAAUAGUUGAGUAUGCACCUUCUCAACGUGUUCCAAAGCCAAGUACCAAAAAGGAUGGUCGUGAAGGGACUAUAUAUAAAGAUCCAGACUAUCUCGAGUUCCUCAAACUCAUUGCAAAGCCUCAGGAACAUCUUCCUAGUGCAGAAAUACAAUUGGAAAGAAAGGAAGCUGAGCAAGCUGGGGCUAGCAAGGAAGCACCUAUUGUCACACCCCUGAUGGAAUAUGUUCGUCAGAGGCGUGCUGUUGACAGUGGUCCACAGGUUUCAUUGGCAGCAUCAAAAGUUGGCAGAAGAGCCAGAGCUGCUUUGCAAGGCAAGCUUGGCUUAGGUAAUACCAGACGAGGAUCUGAAAAGAAAAAGUAUGUUCAGAAGGAAAAUGUCAAGAAUGCUAAUCGGAAAGACUCGAAAGACAAAUUAGCCUUUAAUGUGGUCCCGAGGCGUGAGGAUCAGUCUGCUGAAUCCAGUACAAAAGGAAGUUAUGAAAUUGAAUCUUUGCAUGGCAUUGAAGGUUCCAUCUCUGGAGUACCACUGACUUCUGACUCAGGAAAGAAAAAAAUCCUCCUUCUGAAAGGAAAACAGCGGGAAAUCCCUAAAGCCACUGAAGGUAUGGUAAAGCAGCAAAAUGCACAAUCUGCAAAUUCGCCCAUUUCAACUACUUCAAAACAGAACCAAAGGCGUGAAGCCAGUGGAAGGUUGAUUAGGAGCAUACUUCUAAAUAGUGAAUCUCGUCAAAGUCAGCCUACAUCUGCUGCACAACAUAAGAUUCAAAUCUUAGCUUCUGAGAAUGGGAAGCGACCACCUCGUCCUUUUGGCUCAAGGUCCGGGUCAAGUGAUCAAAUCUCUAGUCAUGAUGGUGGGCAAGUUAAUUCUGAAGGGGAUUCUAAAAGGGCUUUGGAUGAAAAGUUCAUAAGAAGAGAUUUGCAUGGUUUGAGUAUUGUUGGUGAUAAAACAGAAAGACGUACUAGAAACAAGGACAGGCCUGAUCGUGGUGUUUGGGCACCUCUUCGCCGUUCUGAUUCUUCACCUUCUGGUAAUGAGCACUCAUCAUCCUCACUGGCAGAAUCUACACUGUCAAAUCCUGAAUCAGUUGAAGGAGAAGUAAAAGAAAAUGUUUAUUCAGGAAACAGGACUGGGGAAUUCUCAGCUUCUUCAGGUGGACGUAGUAGUUCCUCUGUUGAGAAUGGUUCUCAGAGAAAUUUUACUCGCCGUGGAGCUCCCUAUACAGUGAAGGAUGACUGUGCAGUCAGUUUGAGUGAAGGGAAACUAUCAAAGAAAGGUGUUGCUGGGCAUAGUACUCAUGAGAAACAAGUUUGGGUUCAGAAAUCAUCUUCAGGCUCUUAAAAUAUUUGUGAAAGAUGAUCCAGUUGUUGCCUGACGGAGCCUGCAGGAGCCUGCAGAAUAGAAGGAAUGCAAAAUUACAGACCUCCUUGACAUGAUAUUACUGAAAACAGACCGACAUUGUUAACCAUGUUAUGGGUUAGACCUGUGUAUGGUUCGUGUCUUGUUGAAUAUUUCGGUUUUGGGAUGUGUUUGUGUUUGGAACUUUAUUGUAUAGUCUUGGUACUUUGCCAUGGGAUAGUAUGCUGGAAAGACUGAAGCAUUCAGUCCAGUUUAGUGGACAUUUAGUUGACUACAGUGUUUGUAUGAAAUGCUUAUUUCUUAAUUUUGGUGUGCACAUGGUGUGCAUUUUUGUUAUAAAUUAAGGAUGUUUACAUGUCUA